CGAGUCUCUUUCACAAAAGUUGUCAUAAAAAUUCUUCUGAGUUAAAUUUUAAGUGCAUGAAAUUCAAAUAAAAAUGACGAAAGAUAAGAAAGUUUACGUAAUUGACGGUGGCUUUUCAACCCAACUGAGUGUUCAUGUCGGAAAUUGUGUAGAUGGCGAUGAACUUUGGUCCGCGCGUUUCAACUUCAAAAAUCCUGCAGCUGUUGUUCAAACGCAUUUGGAUUUCCUUAAAAGUGGUGCAAAUAUCAUUCUUACAAACACUUAUCAGGCAUCCGUGGAAGGUUACAAAACCUAUUUACAAUUAGAUGAAGAUGAAAGUCUUGAUUUGAUCCGAAAAACAGUGAGAUUAGCACAUGAUGCCCGCAACAAAUUCCUCGCAGAAAAUACUCAAAAUGCAUCGACGCCAUUGAUUGCUGCUUCAAUUGGACCUUAUGGAGCUUAUUUGCACGAUGGUAGCGAAUAUUCAGGAUCUUAUGCAGAAACAGUGCCUGCAAAUACGAUCAAAGACUGGCAUAGACGGAGAAUUGCGGCGUGUAUUGAAGCAGGAGUGGAUUUGUUGGCUGUCGAAACAAUUCCAUGUCUUAUGGAAGCUGAAGUUUUGGUCGAUCUCAUUUGUCACGAAUAUCCAAGUGUAAAGUUUUGGGUUUCAUUUCAAUGUAAGGACAACGUUCAUUUAGCUCACGGUGAAGAUUUCUCAGACGCUGUGAAUCACAUUUGGAACAAAGUUAAAGAGUACAAAACGGAAAAUCUUUUGGCAGUUGGGGUGAAUUGUGUUCAUCCUGCUAAUGUUACGCCACUGUUUAAGACUGUCAAUGAACAUGUACCGAUUGAAGAUCAACUUCCGUUAAUUGUUUAUCCAAAUAGCGGUGAAACGUACGACGUUCAAAAGGGUUGGUAUGGCAAGGAAGAUUGCGUUCCUUUGGAGUCUUAUGUGCCUGAGUGGAUUUCUUUGGGAGCAAGAUAUAUAGGAGGCUGUUGUAGAACUUAUGCCACAGAUAUUCAACGGAUAAAGAACAAAGUUGACGAAAUUUGUUCAAAACAGUGAAUUUUGAAAUUUAAAGUUAAUAAAAAUUUUCU